AUGCUUGGGCUGCAAAGCCCCCCGAACUCGCAGCACAUGAGCCUGUCAGAAGACGAUGAGGCCGCUCGAGCCAUCCGGAAUGCGCUGGCAUCCGCAAUUGAUAGGGGGGACAGCACGGUGCGACAGUUCCAGGCGGAGCUGUGUGACAACGGCGCCCUCAGGCAGCUGUACAACCUGGCUGUCGCGAGGCGGCCGCUGGCGCUUGAGGCGCUGCGCCUGUUGGCAUAUCGUAAUCGCAUCGUUGUACAGCAGCUAGCGAAUAUGGGGGCUAUAGAGUUGUUGGAGCAGAUUCUGGUUCGCGAGGCUCGCAACGGGACAGCCAGUGGGGCGCUUCAGGCCGCCGCCCUGCAGCUGCUGACCAGCCUGUUGGCCUUCAACCUGGAAAUACACUCCCAG